AUGCAACUACGAAGCCACGCGCCCUCAGGGGCAACGCUCUUGAUCUCCUUACUCGCCCUUCCCCAACUCACAUCAGCUUUCUACCUUCCAGGUGUUGCGCCGACCUCAUACAAGCAGGAUGACGCCGUACCACUCUACGUCAACGCGAUUCGACCAGUCGGCGAUGCAGAUUCAGUAUUACACUCAGUAUUAUCAUGGGACUACUACCACCCAACAUUUCAGUUCUGCGCGCCAGAAGGGGGAGGGCAACCUGUGGGUGAGAGCUUGGGAAGCAUCUUGUUUGGAGACAGAAUCAAAACUUCGGCCUUCGAGCUCAAGAUGAAGCACAACGAAACCUGCAAGAAGCAGUGCGAGGUGACAUACGGAAAGAACGCGGCCCAGUUCAUAAACCAGCAGAUUCAAGAAGGUGUCAGUCUCAACUGGCUGGUGGAUGGGCUUCCGGCAGGCCAGAAGACAAUCGAUGUCUUGUCCGACACUGAGUUUACGAACCCCGGUUUCCUGUUGGGCGAGCAGCUAGACGAUGGCCGAAUCAAGUUCAACAACCACUACGACAUCGUUAUCGAGUAUCACGAGGUCAACGGAAACAACGGCCAGUACCGUGUUGUCGGCGUCAUUGUCCAGCCCGAGUCGAGGAAGUACACUGGCGAGAUCGGCCCGGACACUUGCAACACAGCACCGGACAUCGUCGAGCUGAGCGAGACAGGCGACACCAAAGUGCGGUUCACCUACAGCGUAUACUGGAUCGAGUCUACGACUGCUUGGGCCACCAGAUGGGACAAGUACCUCCAUGUGUACGACCCCAAGAUUCAGUGGUUCUCCCUCAUCAACUCGUCUGUUAUUGUCAUCUUCCUCGUCCUAACUGUCAUGUCCGUCUUGGUCCGGGCUCUGAAGAAGGACAUUGCGCGGUACAACCGUUUGGAUCAGAUCAACCUCGAUGACCUGUCUGGAACUUCUGUGCUGGAAGAUGGCGUGCAGGAGGACUCAGGCUGGAAGCUCGUCCAUGGCGACGUCUUCCGCAAUCCUUCCCACCCACUCCUCCUCUCCGUAUUCUUGGGCAACGGCACCCAGCUCUUCGUCAUGGCUGGCUUCACCAUUGCCUUUGCCCUGCUAGGCUUCCUCUCCCCGUCCAACCGCGGUUCUCUCGGCACCAUCAUGGUCCUCCUUUACACGGUUUUGGGCUUUGUCGGUGGCUACACCUCUGCUCGCAUGUACAAGUCGCUCCAUGGCGAGAAGUGGAAGCUCAACAUCAUCCUGACUCCUCUCUUGGUGCCUGGGAUCGUCUUCGCCGUCUUCUUUCUGCUCGACCUCUUCCUGUGGGCCGAGGAGUCAUCGGGCGCCGUGCCAUUUACCACCAUGCUCGUGCUCAUCUUCAUUUGGUUCCUCAUCAGUGUUCCCCUUUCGUUCGCUGGCUCCUGGCUUGCCUUCCGCGCACCCGCGAUCGAACCUCCUGUGCGCACCAACCAGAUUCCUCGCCAGAUCCCGCCAGUCACCACAUAUCUCAAGCCCAUUCCCAGCAUGCUUCUCGUUGGUCUGCUUCCCUUUGGCGCCAUCUUCGUGGAGCUUUACUUUAUUAUGACGUCGAUCUGGUUCAGCCGGAUCUACUACAUGUUUGGGUUCUUGUUUCUGUGCUACGGCUUGAUGAUCAUCACUUGCGCCGCCGUCACCGUGCUGCUGGUUUACUUCUUGCUAUGCGCUGAGAACUACAACUGGCAGUGGAGGGCUUUCUUGGCUGCUGGUACAAGCGGUGGGUAUAUCUUCCUCAACGCCCUCAUCUACUGGGUUACCAAGCUGUCUUUGAGCGGGUUUGCGGGAAGUGUGUUGUACAUUGGGUACAGCGCCUUGAUUUCCUUUUUGUUCUUCAUCCUGACUGGCACCAUCGGAUAUUUUGCCAGCUGGCUGUUUGUGCGCAAGAUUUACUCUUCCAUCAAGAUUGACUAG